AUGCCGCCCCGAAUACCAAUCCCCACCUGCCUGCGGGCUGCGCCCUCCGCCACUCCAGCACAAUUCACUCUUCCCUUCCGCUCCUUCUCGUCGAGCUCGAUACUCCAGGCCAAGGCCAAGAGGGAUGAAGAAAGGGCACGGCAGCGAGCCAAUCGCGAUCCCUACAUCAUAGCACAGCGCAACCGGAAGAAGGCCGCCAACCUCACCAGGCGGGCAGAGCUGGAGCAGGCCAGAGUGGCCAGUCUUGGAAACCCUGUUCGCGGUGUAUCAACACCAUUCGUCGAGUCGUUUGACACCGGCAAACCCGUGACGUCCGAACCGGGCAAGAAGACACCCAAGGACAAGGCGCAUCUCAAUUAUGCUUUCGAGCCGGAAGACGUCGAACGACAAUUGGCGCGGAGUGUAAAACUGGCUAUCCCACUAAGUGAAAUCGCCAAGCAGGCCGCGGUUGGUCCUCUGGGCAUGAGAACCAAGACGACUGCCAUUGAGAAGACGGCCGAGGAAAUUGAAGCACAGAACAAGAAGGACCACGAACGUGCGGUCGAGGCCAUUGCGCGUAUCACGGCACUGGCGAACGGAUCCAGCAAGGACCGGAUGCGCGUCAACAUCACAAGAUGUGUCCAGACAUUUGGUCGACACAACACAGACAGGAUCUUCCCACCUCGCGCGCCGCCACUCAAGAACAUGAGCGAGACUGUGCACCCGAUCCGGCCCGAGACAAACAUUGCCGCGACGGAGAAGCGCAUUGGACCAGAUACUGGAUCUUCAGAGGUGCAGAUUGCAAUUCUGACCGCGAAGAUCAAGACCAUGGCCGACUUCCUGGCCACGCGAGGCAAGAACGACAAGCACAACAAGAGGAACUUGAGGGUGCUUGUGCACAGAAGGCAGAAGCUGUUGCAGUACCUCAGGAGGAAGGAACGGGGCGGACCGAGGUGGCAACAUUGCAUCGAGACAUUGGGCCUGACUGAGGGUACCUGGAAGGGUGAGAUCUCAUUGUAGGAUCUCAACCGCGAUGUGCAGACUCCAUGUGCAUUUCAGCGGAAUCAUUGUACAGUCGAUUUGUGUAUAUUGCAUCUGUACAACACGCUCAACCAGAGACUUCUAACGUCCUUACCGUUUACCUUGCAAGAUCAUUGAAAGGAGAACAUUCGAGACUGGAA